AUGAGUGAUGAGGACAUACAGUGUUUGGUUGAAAGUGAUUCAGAACAAAGUCUAUCAGAUUCGGAUUUUGACUCUGAAAACGAGUUAGAUGAUCGUGCUUUGAUGGAUGCUGUUGGAAAUGAGGGCAGCGAUGAAGAUAACAGUGCAAAUCAAGAAUUCGUUUGGGAGGAUAUGCAGAACUAUAGGGGUCAGAGAGAACAUUUCACGGGCAGUGUCGGAGCUCAAGGCCCUGCGAAAGAUGUAACAGAAAUUGUGGACGUUUUCGAGUUGUUUUUCAACAAGGAACUUAUUGAAACCACAGUCGCAGAAACAAAUAGAUAUGCAGAGCAGUUUCUACGGGGGUGUGAACCAUCAGUGAAGUCGCAUUCUAAGGCAUGGAAACCCGUGACAGAGGGAGAGAUUUAUGUUGUCUUGGGUUUGUUCAUGCUCAUGGGCAUUGUAUAG